AGUGCUGUAUGGUAUUGAUUUAUAUCAUCUGAUAGUAUGCUGUAUCUUUUACUUUUGGCUUUAACUUAAUCGUUAGUUAAGCUUAUAUAUGCUGCAUUGCUACAAACUAUGCCUUGCGUGGUAUUUAAAUUUUAGGUAUAACAACGCAAUGAUCUCUUCAUAUAUAACUUUGUUAUUAGUUACAUUAGUUUUAAUUUUAACUGUUUGCGGUGGUCAUGGCACUAAGGAUAUCAGUAUUAGUAGUAAGCCUAACCAAGUUUCGUCAUUACCGAUUAUUUCGAAGGACGCUGUGAGUGUAAGGGAACGCUUCUUUUCUUAUCCAAUUAAUUUCUUCCAUGGGCUUGAACAGUUAACUCGACCAACAGUUAUUAAGCAUAUCAAGUACGAACCUAGUAAUGGUAUUCAUUCAGCUGAAACAAGGAGAGAAAACGUGGUUCAAUAUAUGCAUGAUUUAUUUGAAAUUGAAAGGAGAAAAUUUAGGCCAGAUCCUAGUGAUACUGUGUACGACUAUGAGAAGAGCAUAGGUAAAAGUGGUAUUGAAGAUGGUGAAUAUGGUAGUAAAGAAUUGGAAAAGAGUUCAAAUUCAAAUUCUGAGAAGAAUACCGAUGAAAGCCUGAUGCAAAGUGUGAAUGAAAUGGACACUUCAAAUUUUUCUGCUCCUGAAGCAUAUGUACAUAAAAAGCCCUUAGAGAAGGAUUCUCGUUCAAUGUUUGGAGAUAUGUAUUUUGUUGCCAUUGUUGCUGGAUGUGGGGCUGCUACUAUGUGUGGAGUUGUUGUUUUGGGCUACUGUUUCUAUAUAUACCAGAAGAAGACUAAGGCAGCUGCUGUAGUAGUGUAUCCCGCAUACGGAAUGACUCAACCGUACAGUGAGGAGGAUGCAUUGCCUAGUGGUGAUAGAAAGCUUGCACAGAGUGCUCAAAUGUACCAUUAUCAGCAUCAGAAACAGCAAAUGAUUGCAGUAGAGAAGUCAGCUUCUGACAGACCAAUGUCGGUGUCUGAUAUCGAAUCUGAAGAUGAAAAUGAAGAGGGAGACUACACUGUGUACGAAUGUCCAGGGCUAGCUUCAACAGGAGAAAUGGAAGUUCAGAAUCCACUGUUCAGUGAAGAGCCAACCCAAAAGAUCAACAAAAACAUCAGACAAUAGUUCUGAAGAUUUCUACCACAUUGCACCAGUA